ACAGACUUUUGAAUUGGCCUUUGCUACACUUCUGAGGAUUAAUUGCUAUUUGCAAUUGACCCGUAUCGAACCAAUCGUCGUUCCUUUCGUUUUAGCCUGCUCCCGUCGCACCAAACUCACUCGCAUUGUGCCAGAAGUUUUCAUCCGACCUCACGCCUGCAUUGCGUCCGCACACACACACACACACACAUUCACCAUGUCACUCUUUCGUUCAACAAUGCUACGCAGGCAGCUGCUCACCUCACGCUCUGUAUGCCUUCGCUAUUCCUCCACUUCGACCCCAGAAAACGUUGUGCUCCCUCGCCUACAGGCCGACUUGAAGAAUGCCAUGCGGUCCAAGAACAAACCUGCACUCAACACGAUCCGCGCAAUACAAGCUGAGAUCAUCAACGCCUCCAAGACAGCCAAGCCCAUCACCACAGACAGCGCCCUCUACUCUCUCAUUCAAAAGCAAAUCAAGUCCUCCUCAGCAUCGAUUGAGGAGUUCCGAAAUGCCAAGAGAGAGGACCUGGUGGAGAAGGAGCAAGCACAGCUAGAUGUGCUGCAGGGGUACUCCGGGGAGAUACCGACUGUUGGCGAGAGUGAAAUUGACGAGCUGGUGAAGAGCGCUCUUGAAGGCCUAGAGGAAGGCAAAAGGAGCGCUGGACAUGUCAUGGGCAGGGUCAUGAGCAGUAUCAAGGGCCGAGCCGUAGACUCCGAAUAUGUGUCCAAGAAGAUACAAGAGGUUGUUGGAGCCAAGUGAGGCGUGUCUGAGACUGUAUGAAUACUGUACAUAUCAUUACGUAGAUUACAAACUCUCCCUUUUACCAA